GCCCAGGAUGUCCCAGCAGUGCCCGCUGGCUUUGCAGAGGAGCUCCUCUUCCGAAGGGGCUUCGCAGGGUCAGGAAGAUGAUGAAAGAAAAGUAAGGAGGAGAGAGAAGAACAGAGUGGCUGCACAGAGAAGCCGAAAGAAACAAACACAGAAAGCAGACAAACUCCAUGAGGAGUACGAAUGCCUGGAACAAGAAAAUACUUCCCUGAAAAAAGAGAUCAGCAAACUGACAGAUGAAUUAAAACACUUGAAUGAAGUCUUGAGGAACCACGAAAAAGUCUGUCCUCUAUUACAUUGCUCCUUAAACUUUGGCUUGAUUCCCAGACACGACGUUCUCAGCGGUCCUUUGCCAAGAUGAAAACUUCCUCAGAGGUUCCUAAAAUGAGAUGUAGAAGCAGUCAUGCUGUAUUCUCUUUCGCCAUAGACUUCAUCUUAUGGUUGGAGACAACGGAACAUCAGGAAGGCACCCUGACACCAAAAUAAUGUAUCGAACAUGUCAGAAGACCUUUGGACAGAACACUUUGUUUUCUACAUGUUUUCACUAUGUGCUCUACAACCUGUCAAGAAUACAAAGGAUAUUGUAGAAACUAGAAUAUGAAGAAUGUUCACCUCAUGUUAUUUUCUACCGAUGCAACUGCCCAGUCUUCAUUUUCAGGAGUUGACUUGGUGGUCGUGGAAAAGAGGAAGAAUAUGUGGCGGCAUCUGAAACCAAAAGGGAUAGUGAACAUACAAACCUGUGAGCAACAGGUUGUACUGAGCUCUUCAGUUCCUUGUUCCUUGCUCUUCUCCUUUUAUAUUCUACUCAAAGCUAGAUAUCAAAUGGUUUGAAAAUCUGAACGCUGCCAUUGGACAUGUAGCUGUAAGACUGCUGAUAUAUGUUCAGACUCAGUAAUGACAACGAUCCAUUUAUUGAAAAGUUGUGUUUUGCUUUGUGCUGAUUUGUUGUACCCUACACUCUCAAAGCCUGGCAUUAGCUGACUGCUAAUGGUAUGAGCUAGCCAUACAAACCCCACCCUACCCAAUAUAUCAGUGGUUUCCAAGAUGGGAAAGACUUGAAGACACACAACAACAAAAAAUACUGUUUGUUGUGUAGGAAGUAUCCAAUGUACCCUUCUCCAUCCCAUUGCAGAUUGGUUUCAUUAUCAAUUACUAGAUCGGUGGUUCCCAACCUUUUAUUGACCAGGGACCAUUCUCCAACAUUAGUACCAAAAGGUUUUGGUUGGCUUUCGAUUCAAUUUGGUUAUUUGAGGUACUGAUUCAGAAAAUUGCAUUGGAUAGGCCAUAUCAGCUCUGGUUUCCGAUACAGAACAUAUGACGUCCAGUAGUCACCAUCUGUUCGCCCACAGAAAACCAUGUUUAAUAAGUCUCGGCAUAAGAGGGUUUCACGAGACCAGUUGCUCUCAUUGCAAUGGUGUAGUAACGGUGAGGCUGCGGACCAUAUUUUAGUUCUAACGGACCACUAGUGGUCCACAGGCUACAGAUUGGGAGCCACUGUACUAGAUCAAUAAACUAAAUGAAUCAACUAGUACUCUACCAAUGAUAACAAUAACAGAUCAGUUUUUAAAUACUGUUAAUGAGCAGAUUCUUGCCUAGAAUUGCUUGUGUUAAAAUCUAUUUGACAGCAAAUAACAACGAUGUAGUACAUUUUAGUCUCAUUUUGUGCAUGACGAUGAUCUUUGAUGAUCCAUUUGUUUUUUUAUUGUAUACAAUAAAAUUGAACUCAAACUUGA